UACGGUCCUCUGGUACAGCCUCACUCCCGACGUCCGUUGGCCGGCGGGGCAGGAGCUGUUGGCGAGCGGGGCGCGCGCGAGCGAGUGGGAGCCGCGAGCUGCAGCGGGCAGAGCCCCGCGUCCGCCUGGCACCAGGCCCCGGCCCGGGGGCAUGACUCUGUUCGGCGGCGAGGCCGGGGGCUGGAGAUAUUUGGACAUGGCCAGAGAACCCAAGCCGAGCCGAGCCAGGCCUGGACAGAAGCGGCAGCAUGGCGGCACCCUCUACCACAGUAACUGUGACCUGGACUAUGAGCUCUACAGGGACGAUUUCCCGUACAGGGUGUACGAGUACCAGAAGAUCCCGCCCCUUAUUAAUCGCAUUCCGGUCAAGACCAGACGAGCCCACGUGGGGGCAGGGGGCAAGAGCAGCCUGAUCUCCCACCCGGGGCCGAGAGGCAGCAGCAACGCACCACUGGGGCGGACAAAGCUGCGUGCCGAAGAGCUGCAUUCCAUCAAGGGUGAGCUGAGCCAGAUCAAAGCCCAGGUGGACAGUCUGCUGGAGAGUCUGGAUCGGAUGGACCAGCGGCGGGAGCGGCUGGCAGGGGAGAGAGGCUCCAAGGAGGGGGAGAAGAAGAAGAAGGCUCAGGUGAGCGAAGAGCCCUCGUACCCGGCGGGGGAGCCGCAAGGGAAGGAGAGCCCAGCUGCCGACGCGCCGAGCGACCUGAGGGACAUCGACAGUGAGGAGGAGAGCACAGACACCGAGGAGACGAUGAAAAACCACACGUCAGACCCGGAGGGCAGCCAGUAACCGGCCUGGGGCGCCGCAGCCAUCCCCAGGUUGGCUAGCAUUUCCUUUCCUGUGUUUGUAUUUCUUUCAAGGCCGCCAGCUGGGGCCACACGUGACAUGAGUGUACCCGGUCUCAGCGCUAGCGCAACAAAGCCGUGUCCCGCGCCUCAUCAUUUCCGCCAGCACGAGACCCCACACGCUGAGGGAAAUCUCUGUGUUAUGAUUGUUCCUUUUAGCAGUGGGGGGGAAAUGUAGUGUGGGGGAAGGGCAGGUCGAAAGCCCCCGAGGAGCUAGACUGGCUGGCCCCCGGUGGUGGAGUUAAGACCCAUGUAGAAAUCCAGGCAGCCCUCGCUUUGCCCGCAAACGGCACUGUUGGAACAAGAGGGGGUGUUGGCUCCCAGGCCAGGCCAUUGCUGUACACGGCCCUGUACCGCUGCAAGGUUCCCCUCCCCGGCCCCACGUCACCCCUCUCCUGCUCAGGGACUAGCCGUCACGCUCAGGCCUCGUGCAGCAUAGAGCUCCCAUCAUUCCCUGUUCUUCCUGUGUGCCUCAUUGCGGCGUCUUGCCCUGCCUCUGGGCCUUGAUUGGUUGAGAGAUGCCUGGUGCCGCAGGAAAAACACCCAUGGCUUCGGCCACUCUGCUCGAAUGCCAGCUUCAUCCGGUGCAGAACAGGGACCUGCUGGGGGACCCUUCCCAUCGCCUCCCUGCGUGACCCUUGUCACUGAGCUGGAAAACGAAUCUCAGUGAACCUUGCAAUGAAGCGUGCCCAGAAAGAGCCAAAAUGUCACCCACUCAUGGGCGCAGCAGGCCCCCGCUCUGGCCCAAGUCAACAUUGAAGGCCCCGAGUUCUCUCUGCGCCAUGUCGUUCAGAGCAGGAUUUCCAUGCCCCGCUGGGAUGGUGAGGCUCUUGCAGUACGGCAGAGCGAGCAGGGAAGCAGCAGGCACUUAUUCCUGCCUCAGCCAAUGCCUACCACAAGGGUAGCGCAGGGCUGCAGCGUGCUGACCCGCAGACAAAACGCUCCAGGACUGGACUUGCUGCUUCCUUGUGCUGCUCAUGGAAAUCUCAAGGAGGCAGAACUCUGCUGGGACAGAAUGAGAUUGUCAGCUACAGCUCAGACCCUGGGCCUCAGCCACAUCCCCAGCGUUCAGUCUCUCAGACUCGCUGCUCACUCUGCAGGGGCCUGGCUGUGAACCAAGGGCGAUCCCUUCCCAGCAGGGCUGCUAGGGUAACAAACAUUCCCCCUUCUGUGGAGUCACUGGGAAGCCGCAGAGCGAGAAAUAUCGUUUCCAUGUGCCAGAGACAGACUCCCUGGCCUGGAGAUUUUACAUCUAAACCUCAAGGUUAGAGGACAGCACUGGGAGGCAGGUUUGAGCUCUACACCCAGCUCUGACACUGGCCUGCUGGGUAACCUUGGCCAAGUCACUUCGCCAAGUCUCUUGUGCCUCAGUUUCCCCAUCUGCAAAAGAGGGACAAUAUACAAGCCCCUGCACAGGUUCAUUGGGAGACUAUCUGCUGACCUGUAUGUGAAACAUUUGGACCUGGCUUCACUAGGGAAAAGGUGUGGGUAACCUCUGUAACAAUCCUAAUGUAAACACGGCCGUUGUUUUUAGCCUGGCUUGGUAGGAGGGGGUAUUUGUUUUAGAAGAACACCCACGUGUUCUAGCUCCAGGACCCCAGUGUGUGAAAUGCUCUACAAACACCCACCAUAAAGCUGAUCCGUGCCCCGUGGAGCUCACACGCCAAGAGCUGGAGCCAGGCAGCCGGGGGCACCAGGGAACAAUGACAGCACUGGGUAGCAGGACAGGCAGAGGGCUCAGCACUCCAGCAGCCUCAUUGUUGUCACGUUUUUUGUCGGCAUCGCAGCAAAGGAGAGUUUUAAGGAAGGGUUGGAAGGUGGAUAA